AUGCAUGAAUGCGAGAAGAGUGUAAUUCGUCUGUAUCGCCAUCUUCUGACCGAUUAUGAGAGCAAUGUUCGUCCGUCCAUACGCUACGAUUUACCAGUUAACGUCACCUUUUCAUUUUCACUUACGCAAAUCAUCGAUGUUGAUGAGAGGAACCAGAUCAUUACGACAAAUGCGUGGAUUCGACAAAAUUGGGUUGAUUAUAAGUUAAUUUGGGAUCCAAAUGAAUUCGACAACUUGACGUUCAUUCACAUACCCUACGAACGUAUUUGGAGGCCUGAUGUGAUACUCUACAAUAAUGCUGAUGCCCAUUACAAGGAGUCUGUGAUGAGCACAGACGUCUUGGUGAACUUUCAAGGAAACGUUUCAUGGUCUGCCGCAGGAAUUUUCAAGAGCAGUUGUCCGUUGGACGUUCGAUACUAUCCGUUCGAUUAUCAGAACUGUGUGCUCAAAUUCGCUUCGUGGGCUUACGAUGGCACGAAAAUUGAUAUCCUCCUUAACUCAGAGAAGGGUGAUGAAACGAAUUUCAUGACGAGUUCUGAAUGGCACCUGAAUUUGAUAAGGGCAGAGAAAAACUACGUGAUAUAUAGCUGUUGUCCAGAGCCAUAUCCAUUUGUUGACAUUCACAUCAGCAUUCAAAGGAGACCGAUGUUCUAUGUUUUCAAUCUGAUCCUACCAUGUGUUCUGAUAAGUGCAAUCGCUUUGCUUGGCUUUUAUAUGCCUUCAGAUUCUGGCGAAAAAGUUACUCUUGGAAUCACCUCACUGCUCUCGACAACCGUGUUUUUGAUGUUGGUAGCCGAAGGAAUGCCACCAACCGCAGAAGCACUCCCUCUAAUAGGCAUAUAUUACGGAGUCACUAUAUUCAUUGUAUCGCUUGCGACAGCAAUGACCGUUUUCACAUUGAAUGUUCAUCACCACGGACAACACGGCAGUCCUGUACCACCUCUUUUACAAAAAAUUGCCUUCAAAUUCCUCGCUCGAAUUCUCUGCCUCCGUGUCGAGCAAUACCAUUCGAUAUCCCAUCAUGUUCAUCACCUCUAUCAGAAAGAAUUCGGGAAAUACGAUGAGUCUCGUGACAAACUGAGGAUAUACGACAGUUGCGCAACCGCAGAGCACAUUCCGCUUGUUGGCGUACACUCGAAGCUUUGCAAUGGUAGUCCCGGAGCGAGCAAUAUGGUUCGUCAAGAUAUUCUACGGCAUAUUCUUGACUGCACACAACAGCAUUCCUUUUAUACAACACACAUCGAAUUGUUGGCGACGAGAGAUUGUACGAAGCAUUUUCAGGUGUCUUUCACACCUGAUGCGAAUGGCUCAGCGCACAACGCAAAUUCAUCAGGGCCAGACACAUUCGAGAGUGAAUUUUUGAAGGUUUUGAACACUGUUCAUGCAACGAUUGCAAGAAACGAGAUGCGACUGGCUGAGAACGAUCGCCGAGAUGCAUCAAACCUCGAAUGGCAACAGGUUGCACUCGUUCUGGAUAGGUUUCUGCUGAUUGUGUUUGUGUUUGGUACAGCGUUUGUUUCGUUGGCGAUCAUUUAUCAAAGACAACUAUGCAUCGGAUGA